AUGAUGUCUGACCACCGGAAAGUGAUCAACCCUCUGCUAAAUGUGUCUGUGACCGGCGCCACCCUGGAAGAUUUCUCUCAACACGCUGUUCUUCUACCAGCUGCAGAGGCGCCGCCCGUUUUACAGCCUGUACAAUUACAACCACCCCCGACGUUACAGCCUACUUCCGAGAUAUCAUUGGUGCCAAAUCAAGAAGACUUACAGAAUUACCAACCGAUUCAAUUUUCCGGUUUUGCCAAUAAUAAUCAACAACCUGCACCGGAAAAUUAUAAUUUUUAUUCACCACCGAUAAAUUCUAACUCUAACUCUUGGGGAGGACAAUAUCCUCAACAACAACAACAACAAGAUUAUUCUUUUCCACAACAACAACCACAACAACCGUUUAUACAACCUGAAUUCACUGUGAAUUCUAAUUUUCCUCCACAACCACAAUCAAUACCAGAACAACAACCAGCUGGCCUACAAUCAGUCUUUUCCUCAUUCUCUUCUUAUUUAAAACUCGGAGGUAGUCGCCCACAAGAAGAACAAGUAACUGCUGUACCUUCAGUUGUUGAUUCCCUGUUGAGCUCGGUUGAUCCCAACGCUCCAGUGGCUUCUGCAGCACCCGUACAGUUCUAUUCUCCGGAUACUACUUUCUCUGCACCUAGUGUUGCAGAAUUAGUACCUACUGUACCUUUAGGAGGACUACCAUCUCCUGUUUUACCUACAGGACCACCACCAGCUACUUCUAAUACAUACAGGCGUGGUGGAUUCAAACGUCCGGCAUACGCGCAGAUUCCUGGACUUACUGCUGGUGCACAAGUAGCUGCACCACCUCCAGUACAACUUCAACCGAACAUACCACCACUUCCGGUUGCGGUAAAUCCUGUCCAUUUACCACCGAGACCUCCAUCUACACAUUCACCUUAUACUCUUGGUAGCACCAAUUUAAAUAUACCAAGUGGUACUUCUGAUUUUGGUUUAAACGCACUUCCAUCACAAGUACAACCAGCUGUCAUUCCUAGUAUACCACUUAUACCUGUUUCUACUGUUUCUGUACCUCCUUCACUUCCUGUUUUGCCUGUUUUGCCUGCAAAGCAACCUACACCACCUCCACCGACUUUUCAACAUCAACAACAAAUUUUACACCCCUCAUUUUUACCUGUCACGCCACAGGUACCUCAAAUACCUACUCCGAAAGUAGAAGCGCAAUCGCCGUUUUUAUCGCCAGUUUCGGUAACAGAAGAGAUUCAAUUAGCAUCGAUUCCUACCAUUCCAAACACUGUACCUACAUUUGACACAUCUGCAACUCCGACUAUACUCACUCCAUCCACAUAUUAUCCUGCUACUUCAUUGACUGGACAUUCUACACUGUUGAAUACAGAAAUGUCGAAAACCAUCGGGGAUUCUCCGCGUGCGUCGCCGGGUUUGAACGCACACAGAGCUGAUUCCACAGAGCAACCAAUUUUGACGCACAAUGAAACCACACAAAUGUAUCGUCCAGUUUAUCAUCACUGGUUUUAUAAAACAGCCAGUGAUACCAAAGUGGUGUGGACGCCAUUCUCUAUGAUGGAUUCAUUAAAUUUGGAUACUGCAUAUUUAUCACCCGAUUUGAGCCCUGAUAGAGUCGAAGCCACUGGGGGACGUUACGACGUCAAUAUUUUACUCCGAGAACGAGUUCCUGUUUACUGGAAAGGCCCCAAAGCCGAGGUACGUCGUUGUUCAUGGUUUCACAAAGGUAACACCGAUGGACGCUAUGUCCCCUAUGAAGAAAACGUUGCUACUAAACUAGAAGAAGAAUUCAAAAUUGCGUUUGAAACAAACACAUGGAACAGACGUGUGGAUCUUGCAAAUGGCGAAAGUGUCGUCUUCCAUGGACCGGAUGUUCUCGUCCUGUUUCCACAAACACAGUGUCCUGACAGUUGGGGAAAUACACCGAAUCAACCUAGACCUCGUGUAGUAAAACGUGGUCUGGAUGAAUUCCACAUCGAAGAAGGAGAACCACCAAAAGUCGACCAUCUUCUAUUCAUGGUCCACGGCAUAGGAAAGUUCUGCGACUUAAAAUUCCGUGGUGUAGAAGAAGCUGUAGAUGAGUUCCGAAGCAUGGCACUACAAUUAGUACAGUCACACUACCGGUCAUCAUGUGAGAAAGAAAUCGCAAACAGGAUUGAAAUAUUACCCAUAAGUUGGCACAGUAAAUUACACUCAGAAGAAACUGGAGUUGAUAAGAAGAUAAAAGGAAUCACCCUGGAAAGCAUUCCGCGUUUGAGAGAAUUUACAAAUGAUACAAUUCUUGAUGUCUUGUUUUAUACCAGUCCGGUUUAUUGCCAGACGAUUAUUUCCUCUGUCGGUAAUGAAUUGAAUCGUGUCUAUGAAUUAUUCAAACAAAGAAAUCCUAGUUUCACUGGUGGUGUGUCUCUGGGUGGGCACAGUCUGGGAUCAUUGAUUUUAUUCGAUAUUUUGUGUCAUCAACAGCCGGAAAAUGAAAAACCAGGUGAUCCAGAAACUCCAACUGGUGCGGAACCAGUGGACGAUCAAUUGUCUCCAUUGAAACCACCUCCUAAUGUGAGAAAGAUGAGCAGGAGGAUUAGUUACAUGAUGGCCCAAAUGGGUACUGGCCAAGCGCAGAUAAACUAUCCACAUUUACACUUUCAACCGAGACAUUUCUUCGCGUUGGGAUCACCGGUUGGCAUGUUCGUGAUGGUAAGAGGCUUAGAAAACCUUGGGGAACAAUUUGCGCUACCUACAUGCCAGGAAUACUUCAAUAUCUUCCAUCCGUAUGACCCAGUCGCAUACAGAAUAGAAACACUGAUUAAUCCUGAGUUAGCUAAUCUAAAACCCGUCUUGAUUCCGCACCACAAAGGCAGAAAACGCAUGCAUUUAGAAUUGAAAGAAACAAUGGCGAGAGUAGGUGCUGAUUUAAAACAGAAACUUAUUGAUUCAAUGAAAAACACGUGGAAUUCUUUCUAUCAGUUUACAUUGUUUAAAGGACAAACAACACAAGCAAAUCCACCGAGUUUAGAAGAAGAGGUUAACAAAGUUCUUGAAGAACAACUGAAACAAGACGGUAAUACUUCCGAUGAAGAUAGUAUCAUCGAAGCAGAGCAAACUGACUUAAAUUUGGGUCAACUAAAUGGUGGUCGUAGGGUUGACUAUGUUCUUCAGGAAGCUCCUUUGGAAUUCUUUAAUGAGUAUAUCUUUGCGCUUACAAGCCACGUUUGUUACUGGGAAUCAAACGAUACAAUCCUAUUGAUUGUCAAGGAGAUCUACAACUCUAAAAACAUAUCCGCUGAUAGUCAAAUUCCCCAGCAAACAAUGAAGAUUGAACGGACAACUUCAACGUCAUCAAAUGAUGACACAUUUACGGCCAGAGGGAUGGACCCGACCGUACCAAUGCAUGCAAAUACAAAUAUUGGUCCUCCACCUAUGGCUGGGUUUGUCCGGAAGUCGUAAAUCUACACAUUUUUCAAGUUUUCGAGGCCUGAAUGUUGUUAGUUUGUUUUGGCUGUGACAAGGUUGUUGUUUUCGGCGGAAAUUUAUCAUAUACAUAAUAAUUUAUUAUUGAUCAAGGACAUGACAUCAGACGAAGUGCCUUGGAAUGUGUUCCUGAUGUCAUCCACUUGUCUAGUGUACUUUAUUGUAAAAUAACAACAAAUAAUAUCUUUUUAAAAUACGAUUAAAUGCAAUUCUAUACA